AUGGCUGCGUCAUUACGGGUGAGAUUAUCCGGGACUUUGUAUUAUGUGCCCAUAACCCUAGUAAACCACAUCACGAAAUGGUUUUCCUGCAUCAGGGCCCUACUGGACUCGCGAUGCUCCAAAGACUUGCUAUCCCCUAGCUUGGUGAAAGCAUUAGGACUAAAAACUGUACCCCUUCAAGAAUCCUAUGUGUUUGAACAGAUGGACGGGAGCCCAAUGAAGGGGGAGCCGUGUAGUACGGGGACAGAAGUAUGCGCUUUGGGGGUGGGGGAACAUUGGGAGCCCCGCACGUUCAUCAUUGCCCUGGCCGCCAAAAUCCAAGCCAUACUCAGCCUGGAGUGGCUGGCUGAUCACGACCCGCUUGUCCAGUGGAGCAGGAGUGCUAUCUACUUCUUGGACCCAGUGUGCGAGAGUCACCAGUGGAAUAAAGAAUGGAGACCACACACCCCUCCCCAACUUGAGAAACUUUGUGUCACCAAGGUCAAAGUGCCCAGUUUGCCCUCCGAAUACCAAGAUCUACAAAAGGUGUUUGAUGCCCAGGAGGCUUCCCAGUUGGCGGCCAUCACUGCAUCUUGUGGCGGUUGCUCAUUCGGGGGCAGAUUCUACGCGCUGGAGGACACUUGGCAUCCGGACCUGGGCGAGCCCUUUGGCGUCAUGCAUUGUGUGGUGUGCUACUGCGAACCACAGAAGAAUCGCCGUGGGAAGCCGACCGGCAAAGUCAGCUGCAAGAAUAUUAAGCACGACUGCCCCACCCCUCAUUGUGUAGAUUCCGUCCUGCUGCCGGGACACUGCUGCCGAACUUGCCCCAAAGCCGUUCUCAGCAUCCCAGAAAAGAGACCCGCUGAACCGCUUUUUGACAACUUCGAAUAUUUCCAGGAUAAAGACGAUGAUUUGCACAGGAAUUACAACGACCGGGCUUAUCUCAGCUCUGAAGACUUGGCGCGGGAUGAUAGCCGCACAGAUUUUGUGGCGCUGCUGACCAGUGGCUCAGAGCCGUGGGUGCCUGCGAGCAGUGCCGUAGCGAAAGGUCGGUUCUCUCUGGUCCGCUCUUCCCUGGUCUUCUCCAUCAACUACGAGAGGCUAGCCCAGCCCAGCCGAGUCCGUUUCACAGAGCCUGAAGGGACAGUCCUCUUCGAACACCCCGUGCAGAAGGGCACCUCUCCCCAGGACAGCAUGAUCUGUGGCGUCUGGCGGAACCUGCAAAAGUCCUCUGUCCGGCUGUUGAAGGUGGACCAGCUGCGCAUCUCCCUGGUCACCAAGUCCCACCCCGCGGGCGAGAUCCGAGGGAAAAUCAUGAAGCACCGGGCCCUCCUUGCAGAAACGUUCAGUGCGAUCCUGACCUCUGUGGACCCCACCCACCUGGGCAUGGGGGGCAUCGCCAUGCUGACCCUGAGCGACACGGAGAACAACCUGCACUUUGUCAUAGUCACCAAGGGCCUGCUGGAGUCGGCAGACAGGAAAUCCCCCGGGCUCCCCCUGAGGGUGCGGUUCCUGCACCACGACACGGUCCUGAGGGAAGUCUCGGCCAACGUCUCCUUGCAGGACCCCGACUUUGCCGAGGUGCUGAUGGGACUGUCGAGCCGAGAGAUGGCGUGGUUGGCGCAGGGGCAGCUGGAGAUCGCCGUGGAGGUGGAGGGCCGAUUCCGGCGCCAGAUCGCCGGUCACAUCACCGCCAGGACGAGCUGCGACACCAUCCAGAGUGUGCUGUGUGGACGAGACGCCCUGAUGCCCACCCACACGGGGGCCGUGGGUUCUGCCAAGCUCACGUUGCACGCAAAUGGGACUCUGGAGUACUGGGUCCAGGUGGCGGGCACCAGAAGUGAGGUGAUCAGCAUCAUGCUGGAGACCAAGCCACGGAGGAGAAACAAGCGCAACAUCUUGUACGACAUGACGCCCAGUUACAGGGACGGGAUGGCCAGCGGGCUCUGGGAGCAAGCGAGCGGGCGCGAGGUUCACAUGCUGCUGCAGAACGAGCUCUUCCUCAACGUGGCGACCGAGGAUUUUGACGAGGGGGAGCUGCGGGGCCAGAUCAACUCCCUGCUGUACAGCGGACUCCCGGCACGACACCGAGAGCUGCCCAUCCCGCUCGCUGGCCACUUCGUCUCCCCUCCCGUACGUGCCGGAUCUGCUGGCCACGCCUGGGCGUCCUUGGACGAUCACUGCCACCUGCACUAUGAGAUUGUGGUGGCCGGCCUCGGCAGGGCAGACGAUGGAACCGUCAACGCCCACCUGCACGGCUUUGCCGAGCUGGGCGAACUCCAAGAGAGCAGCAGCCGGGAGCACAAGCGUCUGCUGAGGGGCUUCUACGGCACAGAGGCGCAAGGGGUUGCCAAGGACCUGGAUCAGGAACUGCUUCACCACCUGGCUCAGGGCACAGCCUUCCUGCAAGUCAGCACCAAAGCGAACCCCCGAGGGGAAAUCCGGGGCAAGGUGCACAUUCCAAACCACUGUGGGGCGGGGGGCAUCCGAUUGGCCCCCGGAGAGCCCGAGGAGGAGCUGCCAGGCGAUCCGGCCCCCAAGAACCCCGAAGACCUGAAGAAAGACCCCAAUUCCUGCUUCUUCGAAGGACAGCACAGAGCUCAUGGCUCCCGGUGGGCCCCAGACUACGACAAGAGAUGCUCCGUCUGCAGCUGCCAGAAGCGCACCGUCAUCUGUGACCCAGUCUUGUGCCAGCCUCUCAAUUGCUCCCAGCCGGUGCUUCUGGAGGACCAGUGCUGCCCUGUGUGUGAAGAGAAGAAGGUAAUCCAAGAAGGGCAGAGAGCAGAGAAGGCCCGAGACAGCAGCGAAGGUUGUUACUUUGACGGCGACAAGACGUGGCGAGGGGCAGGCACCCGCUGGCACCCCGUGGUCCCCCCUUUCGGCCUCAUCAAAUGCGCCAUUUGCACGUGCAAGGGCACCACGGGAGAAGUGCACUGCGAGAAAGUGCAGUGCCCACGCCUGACCUGCGCCAACCCCGUCCGUGCCAGCCCAUCCGACUGCUGCAAGCAAUGCCCAGCCUCCGAGCAGAGUCCCGUCGCGCUGUCGGACAUGAUGCAGGCCGACGGACCCCGGGCCUGCCGGUUUGGGCGCCAGUGGUACAUGCACAACGAGAGCUGGCACCCCACCGUGCCCCCUUUCGGGGAGAUGAAGUGCAUCACCUGCUGGUGUGUGUCUGGGGAAACGCACUGCCAGCGUCAGGAAUGCUCCCUGGCCUCUUGCUCCAGAGAAGGGAGGACGGAGGACGCCUGCUGCUCCAAGUGCCAAGUGCCGGAAGACCUUCCUGAAGAAGCGCCGGAGACACUCCACGAAGAGGCCAAGAACUCCUGGAGACGCUAGCUGGCUGGCCGGAGCCAGGAAGCUGGCACGGCUCCGCCGAGGGUGCUGGAAACCAGGACUUUUGCGGCUUGUGCUGGGCGGGGACUUUCCCGAAGCUGCCUACAUCUUGCCGGCUCCUUGAGUUCAACAGGAGGUACCAUCUGACACCGCCCCAGAGGGACAAGCCCGGCAAGCGUAUAAUAUCCGCAUCUGUCUGCUUGGGAGUAGCAGGAGGCCUCAGAAAGAUGGUAUUUUGGCAUCGGCCGCGGGGGGGGUGCCUCUUGGGACACUAUGGACUGGCAGCCUGUAUUAUCGCUAGCGGGCCCACGUAGCUCCACUGGGUGCAGAGCAAUAAGGCCCUUGAAGGGGUUAGUUCCCGGACGCUGCCCGGCCCAGCUGUUUACACGCACGCAGUAUAAGGAUAAGAUAAGCAGACGAGGCCUCCCGCCUCCCACCGGGAAUGGAACGGUCAGCCGCGCUUUUUCUGGGGAGAGUGCGCUGCUGUCCCUUUCGCUUGCCUGGUGCCGCCCCUCCCCCUCAAGACAUGGGAGAUGCUCCCCCCACCCCAGACUAGCCUGUAUAUAAUGUAAAAUUGCUCUCCUUCGUGACAUCUGGGGGUGGGGGGCGCAGUCGGCUUAUUUGUUUUUGGAAGGGGCUGGUUGUCCUACGUUUGUACUCCGUCCUGGUGGGUUACAUAAUUUAUGGUUCCGGAGAGCAAAGGUCCGUUUCCCUGCUCUUCCGAAAACGGGAGGGGAUCGAUAACAGGCGGUUCUGUAUUUAUUUUUUAAAAACCCAGUGGAGGAGGGAAAAAAAAUAACAAAGCGUGA